UCAGAGUGGGAAAUUUCGUUUACGUUUCAUGAUGACAAAAUUACAUCACAUUGUUCCCACCGGUUAAAGUAAAUGCUACUGUGCCCGCCCUUACAGACGGUGCACGCAGCAAAUAUUUCAUCAGCCUAAAUUAGUAAUUCUUUGUGAAAACAAUGCCUACAGCCGAAUCACUACCAAAUCACCAUCAAAAUGGAAAAGAACCUGCAGCACCCUGUCGAUCGUGUAUGGAUUUCAAAUCAUGGUCAAAACAGCAGCGCAAAUCUCUCAACACAAGUGCAGGUACAAACAGUGCUACAAAAGCUACUUCGGAUGCUGAAGUAGCGCAUCGCAAAACAGAUAAUACCGACGACCGGAGCGGUGGAUCACCACCAAACUGCCCGCUCGAUAAGGAACAGCUUGGGCGGUACACCUGGGGCUUACUUCAUACAAUUGCCGCUUACUAUCCAACGGUUCCUACAGAAAAGGAUGAGCGGAAUGUGCGGACGUUUUUCACUUCCUUCUCGAAGCUGUAUCCCUGCGAGUACUGUGCGAAAGACUUUCAGCAAGAAUUGAAAGAGAUGCCGCCGGAAACCAAGUCACAGCACGUUCUAUCGCAGUGGCUCUGUCGGAUACAUAAUCGAGUGAACGUGAAACUGGGCAAACCCGAAUUCGACUGCACAAAGGUGAACGAACGAUGGCGAGACGGUUGGUUGGACGGAUCUUGCGAUUGAAACUGUUCGGCUGUGUAUUGAUUUAAAAAUUAACCACAAAUGAGUCGUAUUUUUUGAAUGAUAACACGUACAUAUGUAAUAUGUGUUAAGAUUAUAUUUCUUUUAAGCUUCU